AGCGAGUGCAAAGUGUUGCGUCUGCAGGAAGGCUGCGCCCUGUACUUGUCAUCUCGCUCCCUCCUCAGCCGCCCCCACUAUUGACAGACGUUCCCUGCGCGCAGCCUGCGGUAGGGAAUGCGGAGUCCGGGCUGGACAGGGGGUCGGUGCGGCGCCUGAGCUGUGGCCGGGGAUCAUGGCACUAAACACGGCGGAGGAGGAGGAGUACGAGCGCUUGUUACUGGAGUCCGGAGCGGAAUGGCUGCGGGGGGAGGUUCGGCGGCUGCUGCGGGAACUGGCGGAGACAACACGGGAGAAGAUCCAGGCGGCGGAGUACGGACUGGCGGUGCUGGAGGAGAAGCAGCAACUGAAGCAGCAAAUGGACGAACUCGAGGCCGAGUGUGAGACGGAAAGACACGAACUGGAGCAGCUCAAAGAGGCCUUCGGACAAGUCCAUAGUAACAACAAGAGAGUAGCGAGAGAUGGAGAGAGCCGAGAGGAGACGCUGAUCCAGGAAUCCCAAACUAAGGAGGAAUAUUAUAUGAAAAAGGUUCUGGAGCUGCAGACGGAGCUCAAACAGUCCAAAAACAUUGUGACCAACACCCUGUCUGAGAAUGAGAGACUCAACUCUGUGGCACAAGAACUGAGAGAGCUGAAUCAGAACAUUGAAGCCCAAAGAGGCCGCCUGCGAGAUGACAUCAAAGAGUGCAAGUUCCGAGAAUCCCGACUGCUCCAGGACUAUACGGAGCUGGAGGAGGAGAAUAUCUCCCUGCAGAAACAAGUUUCCGUCCUGAAACAGAACCAGGUGGAAUUUGAGGGUCUGAAGCAUGAGAUCAAGCGGCUGGAGGAAGAGACGGAAUUCCAGAACAGCCAGUUGGAAGAUGCCAUCCGGCUGAAGGAGAUUUCCGAGCGGCAGCUGGAGGAGGCGCUGGAGACGUUGAAAAGCGAACGCGAGCAGAAGAACAACUUGCGCAAGGAGCUCUCGAACUACAUGAACAUUAACGACUCCAUGUACAGCAACCACCUCAACCUGUCUCUAGACGGCCUGAAAUUCAGCGACGAAACCUCGGAGCCCAACAACGACGACCUCAUGAAUGGCUAUGAGCAGAAUGGGGUUAUCAGAAUGAACGGCAACAACAAAAUGUCCACUCCCAAAAAGAUGGAAUUGGGGAACCCAGCACCCAGCCUUGUGUCUGAUCUCCUCAGUGAGCUGAACAUCUCCGAGAUACAGAAACUGAAACAGCAGCUGAUGCAGGUGGAAAGAGAGAAAGUCGGCCUACUGUCCACCCUUCAGGAGUCGCAGAAGCAGUUGGAGAACACUAGAGGGGCGCUCUCGGAGCAGCACGACAAAGUCUGCCGCCUGACCGAAAACCUAGACGCCAUGAAGAAACUCCAUGCCACCAAGGAACGACAGUCUGCUCUGGACAACGAGAAAGAGCGGGACAGCAACGAAGAUGGAGAUUAUUACGAAGUCGACAUCAAUGGGCCUGAGAUUCUCGAGUGCAAGUACAAAGUUGCAGUGUCAGAAAUCCGUGACCUGAAAGAGGAACUGAAGAGUGUGAAGGCCAAGUAUGAAGAGUACGAGUGUAAGUACAACGAGGAGAAGAACAGGUAUGAGAGCGACACCCAGGUGAUGACAGAAAAGAUCUCUGUGAUGGAAAAGACCACACGGCAAGACCGAGACCAGGUACUGAGGCUGGAGAAGCAGCUAAAGAAAGUGACAGAUGUAGCCGGCGAGAGCCAGGGCAGUCUAACAGUAGCCCAGGAUGAGCUAGUCACGUUCAGUGAAGAACUGGCCAACUUGUACAAUCAUGUCUGUAUGUGCAACAAUGAGACACCCAACCGGGUCAUGCUUGACUACUACAAAGAGGGCAAAGGUGGGAGGUGCAGCCCUGAAGGCAGAGGCCGUCGAUCACCCAUACUGCUUUCCAAAGGUCUUUUAAAUUCAGAGAACGGCCAUAACGAUCCCGGAUCUCCUGCAUCACCCCUUCCAUCUCCCGUGUCCGAUCUGCGGAGAGAACCCAUGAACAUUUACAAUCUCGUCGCUAUCAUUCGUGAUCAGAUAAAACACCUCCAGGCUGCUGUGGACAGGACAACAGAAUUGUCGCGGCAGCAGGUGGCGAGUCAGGAACUUGGACCGGCCGUGGAUAAAGACAAGGAGGCUCUCAUGGAAGACAUCUUGAAGCUGAAGUCUCUUCUGAGCACCAAGAGGGAACAGAUAGCCACUCUACGGACUGUGCUUAAAGCCAACAAACAGUGUUUCAGACGUGAUGCUGCUGAUCUCCUGCUACUGAUUGGAUAUGGGGCAGAACUUGGUGCCGUUAUAGACUGCGAGAGAGCCGACCCCGUUGGAGUAAAUGUCUCUGUGCUUCUGUUACAGACGGCAGAGGUGGCCUUGGCCAAUCUAAAGAGCAAGUAUGAGAAUGAGAAGGCGAUGGUUACGGAGACGAUGAUGAAGCUGCGCAACGAGCUGAAGGCAUUAAAGGAAGACGCUGCCACCUUCUCCUCUCUCAGGGCCAUGUUUGCCACAAGAUGCGAUGAGUACGUCACUCAGCUGGACGAAAUGCAGAGGCAGCUGGCGGCGGCGGAAGACGAGAAGAAGACAUUGAACUCCCUGCUCCGCAUGGCCAUCCAGCAGAAACUGGCGCUCACCCAGCGAUUGGAGCAUUUGGAACUUGAUCACGAGCAGGCGAGACGCACCCGCACAAAGUCAGCGUCAAAAACCAAAAGCAGUAACCCUAGUGUAAGUCACGUGCACUCCUGUGCGGACAGGUCCGAGGCGUCUCUGCUUAACAGCCAGGUGCUCUGCAGCGAGAAGUAUAAGAUCUGUUGUGACUAGGCAUGUCGGAGACUCUGUAGCUCUAUAUAUUCCUGCUUGUAUAGUCAGCAUGAAGCCUCGCUCUAUUCUGCGGUGUUGUUGCAACAUAACCGACGUGGGUUCUUGUUCUUGCCUGACCCAAAGGGUAUUUGUAACGCUAAGCUUCGGUGUAACUAAUGAAAGGGUAGUAAUUCAGUCAUUGGGUCGAUAAGUAGAUACUGGAAGGCAAAUCACUUGGUGUGGCACCCACUUUUGUUACUUAUGGGCCUUAUCCAUCCACUGUGCAGUGUAAAUGUAUGGUGGUGGUAGGAAAAUAUCGCACACGAGAGCCGGCACCGUGAACCAGAGAUUGUCGGUAUGUGGUAACUGCGCUGAUCUUUUGCGUGGAUGCCCACAAUAAGCAUAAUAUUGGCUGCAGAGUGGGCACAGAACCUGCCCUUUUUCUGUUUCUUGCAGUCAUAGUUGUAUUAAUCCAUUUGGAUACAUAUAUUGUACUUACAUCUCUGAUAAAACAGCACAGGGUCCCUCCUGGGCCAGCAUGGAAAUCCAAGGGAACAUUGUUUCCAUAUAGAAGCUGGAGUUCCCAGCCCUUUUGUCUGGUUCAGAUAGAUCAGCCCAAAUAACUUAUAUAGUUCCACUCCAGAAGGGUUGUUUGAUCUUUAUGUGGUUGUCAGGCUAUUGCAGUUUAGUAGCUGCUAACUUAGUAGUAUAGUUGUCUACUAACUUAAAAGUUUUCCUGGAUACAUGGCACAUAUUGUCAGGGCUGAUAACCCAGAAUUCCUUCUGAUUCUGAAUUCCUGUUUCGUCUGUUGUUGCUCAGCCCAUGUGUUCUGUUACAGGGCAUGUUACUACCCCUGUUUAUAAGUCAGGUUUCCAACAGGCAGAAGGUGUUGAUGCACAGCAUAUAAUGUUCACAGAAGGUUCCUUUAUUUGCCUGCAUGCUAAGUAGUGGGAGCUGCCAUGUUGUUCUGAAAACGUUCUGCAGACUACAGAAGCAAGUGCAUGAUCUCUUUAUGACCACUAGGCGUGCUCUUGCGUUUUGUAGUCUAGGAGACUUUACCUGCUGUGAAUGUUUAAUGCAAAUAUUCUGUGCUGUCGGUGUGUCGGAAAAUAGACCUGACUUAAAAAUAGGGCGUAUCCUCCCAUUAAAGGGGUUAACUUUAAAGGAACAUUUUAGUUGCUUUAAUUACCAAAAAUAUGCUGGUUCCCUCUGUGUUGCAUUUCUGUAUGUGUCAUUGAGGACCGGUAAUUCAAAUGAUGUCAAAGCCAGAAAGUGGGUUCCCUUGGUGUUACUGAGAGCGCUGUUAGGGCACUAGACCCAAAGUGGGAUUAUGAUAUGAGGGAAUAUAUAUAUAUAUAUAUAUAUAUAUAUAUAUAUAUAUAUAUAUAUAUAUAUUUACAAGCACAGAUACUAACAGGGCUCUACAUUAUGGAAAUGGGGAGAAUCAAACUUUUUUGGAAAAAAAAAAAUGAGAAUUUCACUUAUUACUGGGGUUAGUUAAAACCGUGCACUUAACUAAUUGUGCCUGUGUGUAACGAGGAGAAAUAAGGUGAAAAGUUACAAUGCUAGUGCAAGGUAUCGACCUCACAGAUAUCUGUCUGAGUGGGGGGGGGGGUAGCUCAAGUGCCUAAUUAGCAAUUUUCUGGUAAUGUAAAACCCUGUUAGUUUUUUCUAGUUGUUUUUCCAAGAGAAAUUGUGUACAUAAAGCUUAAAAUGCAUAUUGCAAGACUUUACUGCCUGCUGGUGUGUACUAAAUUUGCCAUCACUCGCAUCACCCCUUUUCUCAUGCCCAUUCCUUGUAGGUUGCCAACAUCUUGCCAUUGUCACGUCCAUCUGCCUUUAAAUAGCCAAUGGAGAUUCGACCCCAAUUCUAAUGGAAGGUAACAAUUCCCCCCCCCAUCACGUCAUUCUAUGUGGCGCUCCAAUUAAUGGAAAUAAAAAUCUGCCGGAUUUGUGCACGGCAGGUGCUUGUCAUUCAUGUGCUUAACGCUGUCUGUUAAACGUUCGCUUCGCUUCCAAUGAUUAAUCCAAAAUGACUUUUUUUAUAUUCAUGCAGCAUUUGUGUAAUUAACGCUCCAUUAGAUCUCGGUUCUUAGAGCAGCGGCGCAGAUCAUAGCCGGGAGUAUUAGUGGCCGGAGCCCCCGCUCACAUUGAAAACCUUGAGGCGAUAGACUUUUCCUAGAUUUGAGCUGAGCUUUUAUUGAAAAAAGAUGCUGACAUGAAGUUGUCAUAUUCAGUGAAAAGAGAGAAAUGAUUUGGCUGCAGUCCCCGCGAGCGGAGGAUUAAAUACCAGUCAGGAUUUCUCCUAAUCCCCCUACUUGUUCCCAGUUCUCUUUCACAUGCUCCAAUCUUUGAUUUUUGGGUGUAAGAUAAAAAAUCCCAUUUAUAAAUCAGCUUAAUUUCCCUCAGACAGCUGCCAUACUGUUUGCAUGAUCUCCUCAGAUGCAGCACCCCUAGUGGUCAUAAACAGAUUAUAGCCAGGAAUUACUGGAUGGACCCCUGCUCACACUAACAACCUUGGUGUGAUGGACUAACUUUGAUGGUGCUGCUUUAAUUGCGGUCUUUAUUGAAGUCUUUGCAUACAGUAUGGCGGCUCAUGCAUAUAUGCAAAUCUAUAGAGUUUUCUCUGCAUAAUAUGGCAGCUCCCACUAUCCUAAUAAGCUGUCUGAGGGAAACGGGGUGGCCAGAAACCGAUACCAGUUUUCCUGCAAGAGUCAGGAUGAGGCUGAAUGUAAAGCAGCCAUUAUUUAUGUAUUCCUCUAUCAGGCCAAGGGCUGGCUGUGAAUGCUGGCAGUUGAAAUCGGUAUAGUUUUUAUCGAGAUUUAGGUUGAUUUAGUGCUAGAGGAUUGUAAAUCCGGACUCGGGGAAUCUUCCUUCAGUGUCAGAGAGGGCUCCUAGUGCCAUUAGAUCUAUAAAUCUCCAGCCAAGCAGGGAAUCAUUCCUAUGAGGUUUAUAUUUGGGGAGUUGCCAGUUCAGGAAUUGGCACAGAGUCCAGUCUCCUAUCAAACAAGGCAGAGGCAUUAUUCAUGCGCAGCAGUGCUUCCACCGACCCUUGUGCUCUGCUAAUCAGCUCAGCCGUGAUUUUGCUUUUUGAGAUGCAAAUUGUGGUUGAUUUUGGGCCUGGUCUCGCCAGUUAAAGUCUUUUCUCCUAUUAUCUUUAUUACUCUGACUAAAGCAUGAACACUUCUCUCCGAAUGACCUACCUCGUCCAGCAGGCGCCUCUUCUGAAUGGACACAAUGCUUAAACUUUUCCACUACUAGCCGCAGGCUGCAUGACUCUGCAUGUCUCUGAGGACCUUAUGCUUCAUGCACAUAUACAUUUGUACACCUUCCUCUGUGCUUGCUGUCACCUCUCUCGGAGCUUCAGCACCUGUGCUCAACACUUGUAAGAAGUCCACUUCCCACCAGCCAUUAUUGGACAGUAUCAUCGGACCGUAUUUGGCUUCAGCAGGCCUUGCCUGUCCCUCUGGGAACUAACCAGUACCAGCUUUGUUUCCAAACUAACCUGCUCUGCACGAGCUCCUUUCAAUUCACAAUUUCCUUCCCUAGUGUUAAGUCUCUAAUAUCUUGUUUUGUCCCUCUUUUUUUUUUUUAGCUGUAGAAGAUGUAUCCGUCCAGUGCAUUGGGGUCACUCUUAGCAGUGACCCAAAACGGAAAACCACUACACGUUCUGUUAAUCUGUUCCCCUACAGCCCUGGUUCCUUUCAGGGGCUUUAUCCUUAUAGGCUCUAAAUUAAAGCUUUAACCAUAAAGUGCUGCUGAUUUUGGAAGAUCCCUUACAAGUGCUGAACAAAUAAACUCUCAACGCCUGAGCUCCGGGUGUACUCAGCGCCAGCAAACCGGGAAGUCCAUACACUUUACAUCUGAAAUUAAACUCAGUUCCGAUUUAUUUUCGGUUAUUUUAUUUUUUUCAAUUUGUUUUUGAAACCUGUGCACUUUUUGAUAUUUUUUUAAUAUUCUACUUUAUAUUUUAUGUAGACGUGUUUCUAGAAUGCUGUUUGGUAACCAGAAUUAACCAUGGCUGUUCCAAACAUGUUCUACGUUGAUAGCCACAGCAUGGCUGAUCUCCAUGUUAGUAUUACGCUUUGUACUUGUUGAUUUUGGCAUCAGCAUGUUGCAGGGAUUUUUUUAAUGAUUUAACACAUGCUUUGGCAUUCAGUAAAAACAUUAUAUUAUAUAUUAUUAAAUAUGUUCUGUGCAACUUCAGCUUUUGUUUGUCAGUAUAAUAUGUUUAGGUUUGUGUUGAAAUUACUGUUUUUUUAACUGCCAUAUUCAUGGAAAAAAAAAAUCCAGGGUCUCCAAAUUCUGGGGUUUCAUUAUGCUGUUAUUAUUCUUAGGAAUAGUUUAACGUAACAAGAAGAAAACUUGACUUUGCUUUGAUUAAAAAACAGUAAUAGGCACUUGAAAAUGAUAUAUAUAAAUAUAUAUAAUAAGUAGUAUUACCUAAAAUGCCAGAAUUAUCUGAUUUUUUAGGAACUCAAGGAUUGCUGACAAACAGAAUUUUAUACAACUGUACCAGUUAGAUUCCAAAUUGGAAUUGUUUUAUUUCAUUUUUUUAUUUUGUACCGUGCCAAAUUCUGGCACAUCUAGAGAGAGAGCGACAAAUUCUAAAGUUGUCUGUUUCUACACUUAUGUUACAAAUGAAAACCGAAGGUGCCUUUUUUUUUUAAUUGCCGAGGGAAUUUAAGGAUAGUUAAAACUAGAAAAACAGUUUGAGAGUUUUGGAAAAAAAAAACCCAUAACAUUUGAAGCAAAUUGCAGAGCAAUAAAUGCAAACAGGGAACUCACCCUAAAUAUUUUUAACCUUAGCAUAUAUUUACAAAAAGAAAGAAAAUUGUAGAAAAUUCAGUUGGUCAGUGAUUCUUGGAAAAGCCGAUCCUUGCCGAUUCACAGGGUUGGAAAAGGUUUGUCAACCAAAGCGAAAAGCUUUUGAACUUUCACAAGCAAAGACACAUUUGUGGUAGCCGAACCGAAGAUAUAUACGGGAAAAUCCGGUGGUAUGAUAAGCUUCUUUUUAACGGUGGUGGACUGUGUCUAACCAUAAUAAUGUUGGCAAAUGUGAAAAAAAUGUUAAAAAUGAAAAAAAAAAAAAAGUAUUAAUAUUCAAUCUUGCAUGUUGUAUUCAAUCGCUGUUGUUUUCAGGAAACAGAAAGUGAGAGGCAUCAACAAGCGGCACGUUUGUUGAGGCCGAGCCGAAUGCUUCAAUUGGUACUCAAUUGCUGUCGUUUCUGACAGGAAAAAAAAGCUUUGAAAAUGUUAAGUAUGGUUGACAUUUAAAUUAAAAAAAAAACGAAGAUUUCUGUUUGCUGGAAAAACUGAAAAAUCCCUCGUUGUGGGACUUUUUUUUUUUUUUUUAAUGUUAUCGCCUUUUUACAGUAUUGAUUCUUAAACUAUUGUUACUGCAGAUUGUUUCCUUUAUGUGGGUAUUUAUUUGAAAUGAUAUCAUAAAGUACUGUAUUAUGUUAAUGUGCAUUACCUUGAGUGGCAAAGUCAUCUCUCUUUCUAUGUCAUAUGCACGGAGAUUUGCCACGUGAGCUUACACAAGGCUGAUCGUAUACUGGUUUGUUUAGCGAGCGAGGCGUUAAUGAGCUAAUAAUAAAAGGCUGUGCGUAGAGGCUCUGUAAGGUAGUCACAUGUAUCAAUAAAGGUGAUAAAAGGC